AUGGGCGCCACCGCCUCUUCUUCUUCUCGGUCUUCUUCAUGUCACGUGCUGCUGUUGCUGUUGUUUCUAUUUAGUGUCCAGGCGUCUUCCAUCAACGGCGGCGGAUCCUCUGGUGGAUCUCUUUUGCUGCCCUUCUACUCAGCCACCGGCUCCGUACAGACGGAUCCCUGCUACGAUGAGUCAGGCAACCCUAAACGCUGCAUACCCGACUUUGUGAACGCCGCCUUCGGGAAGAUCGCAAAGGUUUCCAGCGAAUGCGGCGCCACGCCGACCAACCACUGCUUCCUGCGGACGGACGAGAAGACCGGCGAGACGGUGCGCAGCUGCGAGCUGUGCGACCGGGCGCACUACCGCCGCCGCCACCCGCCCCACUACCUCACCGACCUGAACAACCCGCACAACCUCACCUGCUGGAUGUCCGAGCCCUUCAGCAGCCCCAACCAGAAUGUCACCGUCACGCUGUCGCUGGGCAAGAAGUACGAGCUCACCUACAUUAGUCUGCAAUUUUGCGACACCAAGCCGGACUCGAUGGCCAUCUUCAAGAGCAUGGACUACGGCGAGACAUGGCAUCCCUUUCAGUACUACUCCAGUCAGUGCCGCAAGGUCUACGGACGGCAGAAUCGGGCGGCCAUUACCAAGGCCAAUGAACAGGAGCCACUGUGCGCCGACUCAAACACCGAGCCCAUUUCCGGCUCUCGGGUCGCCUUCAGCACCCUCGAGGGCCGGCCCUCGGCGUACGACUUUGACAACAGUCCGGUGCUGCAGGACUGGGUGACCGCCACCGACAUCAAGAUCGUCUUCAACCGUGAUCGAGUGCUGCUGAAUCCGGCUACCUCUUUGUCCUCCUCCUCCUCCUCCACUACCGAGGGCAUCUUCUACGCCGUCUCCGAUCUGGCCGUUGGUGGCCGCUGUAAAUGCAAUGGCCACGCUUCAAGAUGCAUCCACGACAGUGAAGGUCAGCUGACGUGCGACUGCAAGCACAACACCGCCGGUCGGGACUGCGAGAAGUGCAAGCCCUUUCACUUUGACCAGCCCUGGGCGCGGGCCACCGCGCAGGAGGCGCCCGAGUGUCAGCCCUGCAAUUGCAAUCUGCACGCUCGCAAGUGUCGCUUCAACAAUGAGCUGUACAAGCUGUCGGGCGGCAAGAGCGGCGGCGUCUGCUUGAACUGUCGACACAACACCGCCGGCAGGCACUGUCACUACUGCAAAGAGGGGUACUUUCGCGACUCGAGCAAGCCCAUCUCACAUCGCAAGGCCUGUCGAGCCUGCGACUGCCACCCGGUGGGCUCCUCCGGGCGGACGUGCAACAUCACCAGCGGCCAGUGCCAGUGCAAGCCAGGCGUUACCGGACUCACAUGCAAUCGAUGCGCCAAGGGUUAUCAGCAGUCGAGGUCCACCGUGCAGCCCUGUAUCACCGAAAACAGCUGCAUUGAGUGUCGAAUAUCGACGCAGCAGAUCAACCUGCACAAGUACUGCAGCAAGGACUUUGCCAUCCAGGCGACCGUUCUCUCUCGUGAGACAAUCGAAGACUGGGUCAAAUUCACGCUGCAGGUGGUGCACGUCUUCAAGCACAGCUCCGCCCGACUGAAGAAGAGCAUCGAGUCGCUGUGGGUGCCCAUCGAUGAUCUGGCCUGCAAGUGCCCCAAGCUGAAAAUGAAGCACAGCUACCUCAUUCUCGGCACGUACCAGAAGGACGCUUCCCUGGGCGCCUCCCACUCGUAUCGACUGAUCGCCGACCGCACCAGCAUCGUCAUUGACUGGGGCGACGAGUGGCACCAGCGCAUUCGUCGCUUCCAAAAGCGACAGCUGAAGGGCAAGUGCAAGUCAGUGCUCGCCGAUGGCGGUGGUGGUGGUGGUGAUUCUCGAAAGUAA